AUGGAGAAAUCUGCGGCCAUCGAGCAUGAGGCCUCAUCGCCUGGGCCGGUGCACCACAACGAGGAAUCACAACAACACCCAGCACUUCCGCCUUAUUCAGGACCCUCCGUCAUAUCAGAAGCUGGGCCAUCGUCGGCGCCAGAUGCUGAAAGGCUUCACAAAGGCCCAGCACGUUAUCCUGGACUCCCGCGGCUGGAUUAUCGUCUAUAUUCACCGCCGCUCUUCAGUCUCUCCAGCGAUUCCAAAACACUUUCCUCGCGUGCCGAGUACUUGUCUUGCAAACCAACUGCACUUGUCGCACUCAUUCGUUCACAGGCUUCAGUGCCUCCCAAGCCUCAGAUUCAUCUACGUGGGAGCCGCGGGCGCAAAGUGGACUUUGACAUCAAACUAAACCUGAUGAGCCUUUUGGUCCCAGACGAUGAGAAUCAGCGUUUAGAUUACAUCCGGUGCGUAGGAGAUGGAGAGUUGGCAUAUCGCGGAGGCCUGAAACCUGAUGUGGUUCCUCAAGUUGGGGAUGGCGGUUUGGAUGAAUGGUGUCGCUGCUUCAUUGAUGACCCAGCCUCUAUCAAACUUUUUACCCUGGACCGCGUGGUCACAAACCUCGACACAGCAUGGCUCGAGGGCCAGCUCCGCAGCCUGGUCGCAGCGCUCAACUAUCGCGGCGUCGUUGAUGUCAGCUUUGUAGUUACCCACAGCCGCGUCGUGAUACAGAACCCAGACAAGGUCAACCAGUUCUUCACCAGCGUGACGAGUCUUUUCUCGGGCAAGCAUAAAUACGAAGUCGUCAAGGCCGUGUGGCCCUUCGCCACCGCAAAGAGCGGGGAGCCUGACAGACGAUGCAUGGUGCAGAGCGAGGAAACUUGGUGGAGAGAAUGGAAAUAUCCAAUCAAAUAUGCCAUUUCACAGAAACGGCACGGUUGGGUCACGGUUGAAGACAAAUUGGAGGCCGUCAUGGAAGGCAAGGGACAUGAGUUGGAGAUGAUUGACUGGGGGCCAGAUAACAUGGCUUGA